AUGCAGAUUUUUGUAAAGACUCUCACCGGGAAGACUAUCACCCUUGAGGUGGAGUCUUCCGAUACCAUUGAUAACGUCAAGACCAAAAUCCAAGACAAAGAAGGAAUACCCCCUGACCAACAACGUUUGAUCUUCGCAGGAAAGCAGCUUGAAGAUGGACGAACACUCGCAGACUACAAUAUUCAAAAAGAGUCUACCUUACAUCUUGUUCUACGUCUUCGAGGCGGAGCAAAGAAGCGCAAGAAGAAGGUUUACACAACUCCUAAGAAAAUCAAGCACAAGCGAAAGAAGACAAAGUUAGCUGUGCUCAAGUAUUACAAAGUGGAUGGCGACGGAAAAAUUGAGCGUCUUCGCAGAGAGUGUCCAUCAACAGACUGCGGUGCCGGUGUUUUCAUGGCUGCUAUGCAGGACCGUCAAUACUGUGGACGAUGCCAUCUAACUUACAUAUUUGACGAUGCUGCCAAAUAA